AUGACUACUUUUACCAAGCUCGGGGAUCAGGAAACUCCUGUCAUCUCUGUUCAUCCUGCCAGGCGCAUCUCUAAGAUCAAUCCUAACAUCUAUGCCGGGUUUACUGAGCACAUGGGCCGAUGCAUCUACGGAGGUAUCUACGACCCUGGAAACCCUCUCUCGGAUGAAAAUGGAUUCCGGAAGGAUGUCCUCGAGGCGCUGAAGGAGCUCAACAUCCCGGUCGUCCGAUAUCCCGGCGGGAAUUUCUGCGCGACUUACCAUUGGCUCGACGGUGUCGGUCCUAAGGACCAGCGACCCUCUAGACCAGAACUAGCCUGGCUCGGAACGGAGACUAAUCAAUUCGGAACUGACGAGUUCAUGAAGUGGUGCAAAGUUCUUGGGACUGAACCGUACCUGUGCUUUAACUUUGGAACUGGAACUCUCGAUGAAGCACUGGCUUGGGUUGAGUACUGCAACGGUACCGGCAAUACAUACUACGCCAAUCUUCGCCGGAAGAACGGCCACGAAGAGCCAUACAAUGUUAAAUACUGGGCUCUCGGCAACGAAACCUGGGGCCCGUGGCAAGUGGAACAAAUGACCAAGGAAGCCUAUGCCCACAAAGCAAUGCAAUGGGCCAAAGCGCUCAAACUCCUUGAUCCCUCCCUGAUACUCAUUCUCUGUGGCCAGGACGGCACCGCCACAUGGGACUACUACACCCUGAAGCACUGCCUCCUCCCAGCGUUCUCCGCCCUCUCAACCAGCUCUGUGCCUCUAAUCGACAUGCACAGCAUCCACGUCUACACCUGCUCCUCUUCGCACCUGCCCAACGCUACAGCCCCGCUAGCAGCUGAGCGCGCAAUCGAGAUUACAUCCUCUCUUAUUGACCUCGCGCGCAUCGAAAAUAACGUCCCGCCGUCCCAGCCCCGGCCCACCAUCUGCUUCGACGAAUGGAACGUCUGGGAUCCUAUCCGUGCAGAGGGGUCCAAGGGCGCUGAAGAAAGCUAUACGCUUUCUGACGCACUAGCCGUCGCCGUCUGGCUGAAUGUAUUCAUUCGCAAGAGCCGCGAUCUCGGCAUGGCGUGUAUCGCCCAGAGCGUUAACGUAAUCUCACCGCUGAUGACGACCAAAGAGGGGAUCACCAAGCAGACGACUUGGUGGCCGCUAUAUUUGUUCUCGAAAUUUAUGCGUGGAUGGACCGUUAGCGCGCAUGUUUCGUGUGCUACGUAUGAGGGCGAGACGGCGCCGGUUUGGUUGCGGGGUGUUAUGGAGACCCCAUGGUUAGACGUUAGUGCUUCUGUUGGUGAGGAUGGGUUUGUUAAUCUUGCUGUUGUGAAUAUUCAUGAUGAGAAGGGGAUUGAAGCGGAUGUUCAGGGUGUGAAGGGGGAGGUGGCUGUUUUUACUGUUACCGGAGGUGAUGUUGCGGCGACGAAUAUGAAGGGGAGUGAGGAGGUUUCCGUGAAGGAGUCGGCGUGGGAUGGUGUCGGGACUUACGUCUUCCCGAAACACUCGCUUACUUUGUUGAAGUGGAAGGAUUAG